AUGGAUGCUUUUGCAUCAUCUUCUUCGUCUCAGAUAAGGAGGUACCAUGUCUUUCCGAGCUUCCACGGGCCAGAUGUCCGCAGGGGAUUUCUAAGUCAUUUACACAAUGAAUUUGCACGCAAAGGAAUCACAACGUUCAAGGAUCAGAAGAUGGAGAGUGGCAACACGAUUGGACCUGAACUCAUAAAAGCGAUUAGAGAAUCUCGAGUCUCGAUCGUUAUGCUCUCGGAGAAUUACGCUUCUUCAAGCUGGUGUUUGGAUGAGUUGGUUGAGAUCUUGAAGUGCAAAGAUGCUUUGGGGCAGAUUGUCAUGACAAUUUUUUACGAUGUUGACCCAUCUCACAUACGGAAACAGGAGGGACAUUUCGGAAACGCUUUCAAGAAAACUUGUAAAGGGAAAACUGACGAGAUGAAGCUGACAUGGAGCAAAGCUUUGAUUGAUGUUGCAAACAUAAAAGGAGAACAUUCUCUGAAUUGGGAUAAUGAGGCUGAGAUGAUCAAGAAAAUUGCUGCAGAUGUUUCAAACAAACUGAAUGUCACACCUUCAAAGGAUUUUGACAGGAUGGUGGGAAUAAAAGGUCACUUGAGAAAAGCAAAAUCUUGUUUUCGCCAAGCACAGAUGAUUGGAAUCCAUGGUCCUGCUGGAAUCGGCAAGACAACCAUUGCUAGAGCUCUAUUCGACCAGCUCUCUGCCGAUUUCCCACUCAGUUUUUUUAUGGGGAACCUCAAGGGAAGUCAUAGCAGCAUUGGUAUUGAUGACUACGAUUCAAAGUUGUCGUUACAGAACCACCUCCUGUCCAAUAUUUUGAACCAAAAGGAUAUUAGGAUACAUCAUUUAGGUGCAGUAAAAGAAUGGUUACAUGACCAAAGAGUGCUCAUAGUUCUUGACGAUGUUGAUGAUCUAGAGCAGCUAGAGACCUUGGCGAAAGACCCCUGUUGGUUUGGUUCUGGAAGUCGGAUCAUUGUUACCACGAAAGAUAAAGAGAUCUUGAAGGCACAUGGGAUAGAAGAUAUCUAUCACGUGGAUUUUCCGUCCGAGGAAGAGGCUCUGGAGAUCUUAUGUUUAUCUGCUUUCAAACAAAGCUCUCCACGCGAUGGUUUUAGAGAGCUUGCAAACAAAGUAGCAGAGCUCUGCGGUAAUCUUCCAUUGGGUUGGGUCUCUGUGUUGUGGGUUCGUCUUUACAUGGCUUCAUAUAGGCAUCAGAAACCUCAAGAGAUUAAGUUAUGUCCCGGAAAUCUUGUCAUCCAGAACUGUAGAAGACUCGUGUCACUGCAAGGUCUUCCCCCUUCGCUUUGGUGUCUCGAUGCAACUGAUUGUAGAGCACUCAAAACCGUGUUCCACACUUUCCAUGAUCCGUGUGCAAGUCUCAACUACCGCAACUGUGUGCAACUGGAUGAAGAAGCACGGAGGAGAAUCAUACAACAAUGGGAUUACAAUUAUGUAUGCUUGCCUGGUAAAGAAGUCCCUAUGGACUUCACUCACAGAGUUACAGGAAACUCCAUAACCAUCCCUAUGGGUCUGGAUGGUGAGGGAGCUUUUUUCUCAGCAUCCUCAAGAUUCAAGGCUUGUCUUCUGCUUUCGCCAGUUAAGGGCUAUCCACUUUUUGAUGUGACUUGUCAUCUAAGAAACAAAGAAGGUCUCAUCCUAAACGAAGUUGAGUAUUGGAUUUCAGGACUCUCUCCUCAGUUUCUGACGGAACAUUUGUUAAUAUUUUGUGGGGACUUGUUUCAGACAGACAAAUGCCAUGAACUGGAUGUGAGUAUGAGUGAGAUUCUGUUUGAAUGCAGCUUCAGGGGAAACGAUGACAAGAUUAUUGAGUGCGGUGUACAGAUCUUGAAGGAAGAAGGCGAGAGUAGUAGUAGUAGUAGUAGCAGCAGCGAAGUGGACUGCUACGAAACUGGAGGCAGUAGAAACCACUACACAGGUGGAGACUAUGAAGCAGAAGAUGGUUUUAAGGUCUCUCAAGAUGAAAGCAUGAAAAGCAGUGACAUACAAGUCGUUGGAGUUGGCUUAGGAAUCUGGGUUUGGGGAAGAAGAAGAUGA